UAAUAAAAUUAGCUCAUAUUUUAAAGAUUUUCCGGGCAUCAACUUGCUAUAUAAAUUUUGGCAAAAUUUAAUCCUCAUCCAAUUAAGAAAGAGGCUAACAGUUAUAAUAUUGUCUGCUCAGUUUGGUUCUUACUUGUUGAGAUUUUUUGUUUAAUUAAUUUCAUCUUUUAAUAUUUUGUUUUGUUUCCUAGCACAAACAAUCCACUUUCAACGAAUUAACCGGGGACUACAACGCGGUUUGUGGGUCAUGAUUAUGGGAUAUCUCCUGGACUUUUCAAGGAGAAGACUUUCUGGAAGUGCUUGCAGAAAACUAUUGUGGAGUUGCUAGGCAGCCCACACCCAAUUUCUCAUUUUCAAGAACUGCCAGUACAAGAUAGUAAUUUUGUAGCAGAUCAACUGGUAUUUUUCGGGGUCUCUCUUUUUUUCUUGUUAAACUCAAACCCAAAGCAAAAGCUUCUGUUCUUUUUUGUUUGUUUUGAUUAAGGUGGGAGUAAGGAGUGUCUUGAGACAUAGCAUGGCUGAGUCUGCAGUGUCAACUGUGGUGCAAAGGCUUGGAGACUUGCUUAUUCAAGAAGCAGUUUUCUUGGAUGGAGUGAAUGAGGAGGUUUAUGGCAUGCAAGUUGAACUGCAGAGGAUGCAAUCUUUCCUGAGAGAUGCAGACAGAAGACAAGAUGAAGAAGAGAGUGUUAAAAAUUGGGUCUCAGAAAUCAGAGAAACUGCUUAUGACGCUGAAGAUAUUAUUGAAGAGUUUGCACUCAAAGUAGCUUUAAGGAGGAGAUCAGGUAUGGUAAAUGUUAUGAAGAGGUAUGCCACUCUUGCUAAAGAAACUAUAGAGCUUCAUAAUGUUGGAAAUGAGAUUCAAAUUAUUAAGAAUAGAAUUUCUAGCCUCACCAAUAGCUUGCAAACAUAUGGGAUAAUACAAAGAAAUGAUGAUUGGAGCCCCGGAUUAGGGAGGCAACAGCAGCAGUUAAGGAGGUCUUACUCACAUAUUGUUGAGGAGGAUAUAAUUGGGUUGGAGGAAGAUGUGAAAGUUUUGGCAGAGCAAUUGGUGAACAGUAAUGGGAUUGUGUCCAUCUGUGGAAUGGGUGGAAUAGGGAAGACAACUCUUGCCAAGAAGGUAUAUCAUAACAGUAAGGUUAGACAUCAUUUUGAUGCUUUUGCUUGGGCUUAUGUAUCUCAACAAUGCCAAGUGAGGGAGGUUUGGGAGGGAAUCUUGUUUAAGCUCACCAAUCCAUCUAAAGAACAAAGGGAGGAGAUUGCCAGUUUGAGGGAUGAAGAGUUGGUGAAGAGGCUUUAUCAAGUCCAACUAGAGAAGAAAUGUUUGGUGAUUCUUGAUGAUAUUUGGACCAUACCAACAUGGAAUAAUCUGUGUCCUGCUUUUCCAUACUGGAAAACUGCAGGCAGUAAAAUAUUGCUAACUACUCGCAAGAUGGAUGUGGCUUUGCAUCCUGACCCAACAUGUUUCCUGCAUGUUCCACCCCAGUUGAAUGAUGACGAGAGCUGGGAAUUGUUAAAAAAGAAGGCAUGUGUUAACAAUAACUAUCCAGACGUUAGAAUCAGAGCAGAAAUAGAGAGGUUGGGAAGGGAAAUGGUCGGAAGGUGUACAGGUCUACCAUUGGCGAUCAUUGUGCUUGGAGGACUGUUGGCGACUAAGAAGACUACCUUUGAGUGGGACGUGGUUCGAAAAAAUAUCAUUUCCCACUUGAGGAGAGGCAAAGGCGAUGAACAACUCUUAGGAGUAGCUGAGGUGCUAGCCUUGAGCUACCAUGAAUUGCCAUAUCAGUUGAAACCAUGCUUUCUUCACCUGGCUCAUUUCCCAGAAGAUUGUGAGAUACAAACAAAGAAAAUGUUACGAAUGUGGGUUGCUGAGGGUUUUGUAUCUAGUGUGUACAAUGGAGUGGAGGAAGAAACUAUGGAGGAUGUGGCUCAGCGUUAUUUGGGCGAGUUGGUAGAGAGGUGUAUGGUUCAGGUGGUAGAGAGGGGCACAACUGGAAGGAUUAGAACUUGCCGCAUGCAUGAUCUUAUGAGAGAUCUAUGCGUAUCUAAAGCAAAGCAGGAAAAUUUUCUUGAGGUUUUCAAUCAGUCGCUUGCAAGUGAUCACCCGGCAGAUUCCUUUCCUUGGUCUAUGGUGAGGGAAGCAAGGUCAAUUGGUAGACUUCGCAGGCUAGCAGUUGUUUUGGAAGGAGAUCUUCAUAAAUUUAUCCCCUCGGGAUACAAAAGAAAUUCCCAUCUCAGGUCUCUUUUGUAUUUCCAUGAAAAAGCAUGCCAUGUAGAGAACUGGGGAUCGUUAAAAUCUGUAUUCAAGAACUUCAAAUUACUAAGAGUCUUGGAUCUUGAGGGUAUUCAGAGUCAUGGUGGAAAAUUGCCGACAGAAAUUGGAAAGCUAAUCCACUUGAGAUUCUUGAGCUUGAGAGAUACUGAUAUAGAUGAGUUGCCAUCUACAAUAGGCAACUUGAGGUACUUGCAAACUCUAGACUUGUUGACAUGGAAUUCAACUGUACAAAUACCUAACGUAGUAUGGAGGUUGCAUCGAUUACGACACCUGUAUCUUCCUGAAUCCUGCGGUGAAUAUUCUUAUAAAUGGCAAUUAGCUAAUCUGGUCAACUUGCAGACACUCGUGAACUUUCCUGCAGAGAAAUGUGAGAUAACUGAUCUGGUAAGAUUGAAUCAUCUUAAGAAACUAGUGAUAGAUGAUCCAAAGUUCGGGGCAAUCUUCAGAUCCCCUCGUGCAAGAUUUUACCGCCUGCAAUCACUGUCUUUUGUUAGUAACGAAGAUUCAACAGUCGUUCAAGUUAUACAAGGAUGCCCUAAUCUUUAUAAGCUGCAUAUAGAAGGGCAGAUAGAGAAGCUACCAGAUUGUCAGCAAUUCUCUGCAAACCUAGCCAAAUUGAACCUGCUGGGAUCUAAACUUACAGAAGACCCAAUGCCAACACUGGAGAAGCUGCCGAACUUGAGAAUUCUUCGCUUACAAAUGGAUUCGUUUCUUGGGAACAAAAUGGUUUGCUUGGACAAAGGUUUUCCUCAACUAAAGUCUCUGUUCCUUUAUGACUUGCCAAACCUAGAAGAGUGGGAGGUUGUUGAAGGAGCAAUGGCUAAUCUUUUCCAUUUAGAGAUUUCAAAUUGCACGUCCUUGAAGACUGUCCCAGAAGGGCUAAGAUUCAUUACCAGUCUCCGUGAAAUGGAGAUCCGGUCAAUGCUUAAAGCAUUCAGAACUAGGCUUGAGCAUGGAGGAGAGGAUUACUACAAAGUUCAACAUGUGCCCUCCAUUGCGUUUCGGUAUUGUGAUUACUAAACUAUAAACUGUUAAUUAUGUUUCAUUUCAGCAGUAACUGUCAUCUGUUUCUGAUUUUUGAGAAGAUUAUUGGAGAUUGUCUGAA